CUAUCGUGUUAAUGUGUUUCAUCAACUGUAACCUUGGAUUGGAAAUGAUAUUGACGUCAACAAAAGCUCAUAUAUUCCAAUAUUUGCUCCAAAGCGGAUAGGAGAGGCGUCACGAUCAGGACUAUCUGAAACAACUAUCGGCAUUUAGGUCCGAACAGGACCAUUGUGUUUGAAAGGACAUUGAAUCUCACUGGUCGGCUAAGUUGGCUGAGAUAGCCUGAUGGUGUUGUAAGCUAUAUCCGGCUAUAUUGGGUUUUACUCCGUAGUUCUGCGCAAGAAUGCGUGACCAUUCGGAUACAUAAAGAACAGGCUCGAGAAUGCACGAGGAAGAGGUGAUGAAUUCGGAGACUGGUAUGAAUACACGUGAUGAGGUUGUGAGCAAAUCACAGACCAAUGCUGAUAGUAUCGUUGACAGUUUGCCUUGUGAAGAUGGCCAUGACGACUUACCGCAUACCAAUCCUAACAGGAAUGUACCUUCAACGUCGUCCCAGUCGAAAACACUGUUCAGGAAUAUAGUCCAAAAGCAUUUUGUAAAGAGCCGCCUUUACUAUCUCGUGGGGGACUUCCUGUCAUCCGUAGAAGAUGAAAAACAAGCAAGUCUAGAUCUUCUAGACACCUUUCAAAAAGCGCGAAAAUCAACUCGUGACGUUAUCGAAGCGACUGUUGACGUAAAGGAGGCGCGACGGAAACUUAAACGUCGACGGAAGGCUUCAAACAUUUCUCUAGCAGACAGGAUUUCUCUGGCACGUAGAAAGUCAAUAUCCAUCGAGAAAUUGUCUCAAGAUGAUGAACAAUGUGUAGAGAAUGAUGUUGUGGUGGGUAUUCUAGACCUAACUCUAAAUGAGAAACAAUAUCCGGAUGAAGCCAACAAAUCCGACGAUUCUGAUCAAGCCCAUGAAAAACAACCUAAGAAACUAUCUAAAAGAGGUCGAAAAUACAUUUAUUCGGAAACGAAUGAGGUAACUAUACGACCUCACUCUGUCAACAAUUUUAAUGAACACAAAGACGAAAUAAAUCAAGGAACAAAAAGACGCAGAUCGAAAAGCUUACCAGCUGGUACGCAUGAAAAAAUCUGCGCCAUAUUGCAGAGAGAUGUCGAUGAAAAGAAAUAUGAAAUUGAAAAGCUAGUUCUGAAUUCUAUACUCAGACUAGCGGACGACAAGAUGGAGUCGAUAAGUAUGUCAAGUCGGCACGGUGGCCUAAUCAAUGAAGAAAGUGACACAUUAAACGAAAAUCACGUCGAUUGUUACAAAACUGUUUUCGAUACAAGUGAGGGCAUUAACAAAAUGGCAACUGUAGAGAUUCUGACCUCGUCAUCUGAUAGUGAGGAAAGUGGUGAUGAUAUCUCUGUCGUCGGAUACGACGAGAGGCGUUUUUCUGAUUCCUCGGAUUCCUCGGAUAAAAGUGACCGCAGUGCUAAAGAAGACUACGAAAAACAUGUACGCGAAAUGCAAGAUCAUACAACGUGCAUUGUAGUAGAAGAUGAUGAACACGAAGUCGAUGAUGGUGCAGAUAAUACUAAUGAUAGUUAUAGCGAUGACGAAGAUUUUGAAUUUAAGCAACUUAACGACCCCAAGGUGUAUAUAUCGACAUCAGAAUAUCGCAACAGUAAACCUGUGUUGAUGCUUAAGCCCACACUUGAUGCAAUUGCAGAAACCUCUCACGAAUCUUUCAAUACGUUGUCACAUUCUGACGGGCGACACAGCCAGACUAACAAUGAUAUUGAGUUCGUCGCAAGUAGAAAAGUAAACAAAAGAACGCUUUCAAACACCGGUCAUGAAGGUAAGCGGUUUUUGUCUACUAAUACAGAAACAAACACAAGGAGAGUGAAUGUUACCAAACCAAACACAACGACUAAAUCUAACAGACGCCCGUAUGACUCUGUACGUGAUAGAAACACUAAUCGUGUGGAACAUAAAACUAAACAUUUAAUGAAUAAUUAUGUUACACAAAAUACGGGUCGCAUAAAAACUCCAGACAAGAAGAAAUGUAUUUCAAUAGAUUUGCUGGGAUUUUAUGAGGAAACUAAGGAGUUACAUACAGUUAAUUCUAAACGCCGACACAAGCAGAUAAGUACAGCAGUGAGUACUCAAAACGAGCAAAUUGUAAAAGAAGACGUUAAAACACAAACUAUGGCCAAACGGUCACCAAAACGGAAAAGAAAACUUACAAGGGCAAGAAAAUACGACAUGACACCGCUGCCGCCAAAAACGAAACCAGUACCGCUACCGGAUUUGGAAACAAUAUACUUAUUGAACAGAAGCAAAACUGAGCUCACUUCCUCUAGAAGUAGCACGUCCUCUCACGAGACGAUGGAGUCCUUCAAACUUUUGAAAGAGAGAGCUACGGAUAACAGGUACAGGCGCCCGGACUUCGUGCUUUGGACGCAGCUCGAUCUAAGAAAGGAUUUCCAUAGCGAGUCGCAUGCAAACGGUCGAUUAGGGGUCUCGAUGGAAAAAGGGAACGAUAGGACGUCGCUCGUGGGUUACCACGUGGGAAGAUUGCCCCUUAAGGAGGCUAUCAAGGGAGUGAAGAGUACCUCUCAUGUGCCAGAGUUCAGAGAGGUGCCGGAUCGGACCCCCAGAUCAUCGCGAGUAGAACAGAUCUACGUGGAUCUACAGCGGGAGCGGCGGGUGACUGGCGGAGGCGAGUACCGGAAGUUGACCGCAUCAGCCAGAGAGGAUAGCUGGUUCUAAUCAAUCGGAUCAAUCUUUUUCUUGCCGAGUAACAACUCAAAUAACUAUAAUUAUCUGUGAUCAACUUGGUGAGUUUUUGUACUAAUAAAAACGUUUAAGUGUGUUACGGUAGUACCGUGGUAAUGAAAACGACAAAUGCAAACGAACGGGAGCAAUUAAACGCAAUCUAUACGGUUUUAUAGAAAGCUUAUCUACUUUCUCUGCUAAUUGUGAAAUGGUGAAAUCUGCUUUUAUUACUUGUUUAAUUUUGUUCAAUUGUUGUUGCAAUAUGUUAGUAAUUUCAUCAAAUCGCUUUUAAGUGUAACCUUUUGUUUUAGUUGUAAUCAGUAUGUGAACACGUGCAUGAUCUAGAAUGUAAAUAGUCUUUAAGAAUAUUUUUUGGGAAAGCACAAUUUCUGUGUGCACCAAACACAUGAUGGUGAUUAAUUUGCACUGAUUAUUUGCUUAAGUGUAUGUUUAAUUUAAAGUGAUUUGUUCAAUAAAUUCGAUACUUUACGUUAAA